UCCCGAGGGGGUGGAGCCAGAGCCCGGGGGCGGAGCCUCGACCCGAGGGGGCGGAGCCUGCGGGCGAUGCCGAAGCGCAGCAAGAAGGAGGCGGCCGAGGGCGACGCCGGGGAGGAGGCGGGCCGGCGCCCGGCCAAGUCGAGCCGCGGGGAGGCGCCGGCGCUGUACGAGGACCCGCCCGCGCGGGAGGUGACGCCGGGGGGGCAGCGCUUCACCCUCAAGGUCACCUCCUGGAACGUGGACGGGCUGCGGGCCUGGCUGCGCAAGGGGGGGCUGCAGUGGGUGCAGGAGGAGGCCCCGGACGUGCUGUGCCUGCAGGAAACCAAGUGCGGGGGGGCGGCCGUGCCCCCCGAAAUCCGGGGCCUGCCCGAACUCCCCCACCAGUUCUGGGCCAGCCCCGAAGGCCGACCGGGCUACAGCGGGGUUGGGCUGCUGGCCCGGCACGAACCGCUCAGCGUCACCUACGGCAUCGGCGAGGAGGAGCACGACCGCGAAGGCCGGGUGGUGACGGCCGAAUUCCCCGCCCUUUUCGUCGUCGCCGCCUACGUCCCCAACGCCGGGCGGGGAUUGGUCCGUUUGGAAUACCGUCAGCGUUGGGACGUCGCUUUCCGCUCUUACCUCGCUCGUUUGGACGCCCAAAAACCCGUGGCGCUUUGCGGCGACCUCAACGUCGCUCACGCCGAAAUCGAUCUCCGUCACCCGCGAGCCAAUCGCCGCUCGGCCGGUUUUACCACCGAAGAACGGGAAGGUUUCGGGGCGUUGUUGGAAGCCGGUUUUCUCGAUUCGUUCCGCCAUCUUUACCCGAGCGUUCCUCACGCUUACACCUUCUGGACUUAUUUGGGAGGCGCCCGCGAUCGUAACGUCGGUUGGCGCCUGGAUUAUUUCGUCAUCUCGCGGCGCUUGGAGGGAGCUCUCUGCGACAGCAAGAUCCGUUCCCGCGUUUUGGGCAGCGACCACUGUCCCAUCACCCUCUACCUCGCCCUAUAGCGCUUCCGCCGCCCCGUGACGUCAUCGCGCUCUAACGCGGCACCGCGACGCUCCCGUCGUCGACCUCUCCUUGGCCGUAAAUCUACCCUCUUCGCCCCAAAAUUGGAUCGACGUGACGUCAUCGUGAGCCACGUGGAGCCGCGAUGAUCCCGUCGACCUCGCCUUGGCCGUAAAUCUGCGCUAAAAUGCCCAUAAACGGGGCGUACGCGAUGAAGUCGCGGUCGACGUGGCGUCGCGAUGGUCCCGUCAACCUCUGCUCGGCCCCGAGCCUACCCUCGUUGCCCCAAAAUUGGCUUUAGGUGAUGGCAUCGCGGUCUGCGUGGUGUCGUGACGGUCCCGUCGACAUCUUAGCUAGCCCUAAAUCCGCUCUGAACGCCCGCAAAUUAGGGUUAGGUGAUGUCAUUGGGGCCGGCACGGCGUCGUGAUGAUCUCACCAACCUCCCCUCGGCCGUAAACCUACUCUAAACGCCCCAAAGUCAGGUUUCUGCGAUGUCACCCCGGGCCGUGUGGCGUCGCGAUGGUCCCGUCAGCCUCUCCUUGGCCCUAAAUCCGCUUUAAAUGCCCCAAAAUCGGGGGGGGGUGUGAUGUCAUGGCGGUCGACGUGGCGUCACGACGGUCCCGUCAAGCUCUGCUUGGCCGUAAACCUACCCGAAUCGCCCCAAAAUCGGGUUCACGUGAUGUCAUCGCGGGCAACGCGCGGCGCCAUCCGGCCGGCCCACCCGUAGGUCAGGUCUCGAUGAUGUCAUCGCGCUCCGUCCGUGAUCCUGCUGGCCCCGUCCCCCUCCGCUUGACCCUAUAGAUCUUUCCCGGCCCCCUACGCCCUUCCUAUAGGCCCCUGCAGGGAUCUGUAGGCACUUAGAUCCCCCCCCCCCGACCUAUAGAGCCCCGUAGAGACCCCCUCAACCCCUAUAGCUCCUCCUCAAGCCCUAUAGACCCCCCCCGACCCCUAGAGAUCCCCCUGACCCCUAUACAUCCCCCCUGGCCCCUAUACAUUCCCAACCCCUAUAGAUCCCCCUGACCCCUAUACAUCCCCCCUUGGCCCCUAUA